AUGCCAGCCUACGCUGACUCAAACAGCAACACGUCGCCGACCAUCAAUGGCACCAAUUCGGACCUGCCCGAGUGUCUCAAAUAUGCUAAAUAUCAAGGUGACAUCUGCGUUACGGGCAUGGCUGGCCGAGUUGGUCAAGCAAGGACCCUGACUGACGUGAAACACGCGCUCUGGAACAAACAGGAGGUCUUCACAACAAAACCCAUGAGAUUUGACAUCGAAAAGUAUGGCACACAAAAGCAGCACGCGUACAUAGAUGAUGCAGAAUAUUUUGACAACGACUACUUUGGCAUUGCCCCUAAGAAUGCCGAGUUCCUUGAUCCCAACAUCCGUUUAUCAUUGGAGGGUGCCUACGAGGCUGUGGUGGAUGCUGGUUACUCAAUGCAGGAAAUACGAGGCACCAACACGGGCGUGUAUGUCCCCUGUGUGGCCUAUGACGCCAACUGUUACUGGCUCAGCAAAGGACUGGAGGUCAUCGGUGAGGCUAAAAAGGGCAUGGGCGUGGUCAACAACUUCAGAGCUUCCAGAAUAUCUUACGCCAUGGAUCUUCGAGGUAGAUCUAUGUCUCAUCAUCAGAGUGCUUUUUUUCAUUAA